AUGCCUCCAACAGACAGAGCGGUUGGAAGCACAAAACUUUCAGUCUUUGUACGUGUUCGACCUCUCGAUUUGAAUAAUCGAAACAAGGGAGAAUUUGAAUGUAUUAGUGUUGUUGAUAAUAAGAGACUUCUCCUCGUCGACCCCGACAAAUUUUCUGCAGACCCUUUAAGGCAAAAUAGGGCCCAGGAAAGAUCAUUUAAUUUUGACAGAGUUUUUGGCCCUACUUCUUCUGAAAUUGAUGUCCAAGAGGAAAUGAGGAGCAGUCAAGGAUUAAUUGACAAUCUUGUUCAGUUUGGGAGGAAUGGGACUGUGCUAGCUUAUGGACCUACAGGAACAGGCAAAACCCACACAAUGGUUGGAACAAGAGAAAGGCCUGGUUUAAUGACGCAAAUGACUCGAGCGUUAUAUUCGCGACUGGGAGAGAUGGGAGACCGAGAAACGAGAGUUUUUAUUUCUUUUAUGGACAAUCAUGGAAAUGUUCAAGUCCCAAGUUUGAGUAGAGUUCGCGCACCUAAUAGCAACAGAAUAUUGCAACUGUUACAGGAAGGGAAUAGUAGAAGAACACAAGAGGCAACAGGGGCUAAUGCAACUUCUUCCCGUUCACACGCACUUUUACAAAUUUCUCUCAUGCGUAAUGAGCGUGAACGAGGAAAAUUAUUUUUAAUUGAUCUUGCCGGUUCUGAGAGAGCUGCACAUACUCAAAAUCAAGGACAACGUUUGAAAGAAGGCGCAGCCAUUAACCGUUCUCUUUUAGCACUUGGCAACGUAAUUAAUGCUUUAAGUGCUGCUCAGAAUGGAAGGGGACGGGCUACUUUUGUUAAUUAUCGAGAUUCUAAAUUAACAAGAUUGUUAAAGGACUCGUUGGCAGGUGGAGCUGAUGGGGCAAAGACUGUCCUUAUAGCACAUGUUACUCCAUCAUCUGUUCAUUAUGAUGAAACUUUUAAUACUUUAACUUAUGCUACUCGCGCAUUAAGCAUCGACUUGAGGCAAUCACGUCCUCGACGUCCAGCAUCUGCUGACCGGUCCUAUUCUGAUGCGCUAGCAACUCUCCGGGCUGAAGCACAAAAGGCUGGAAGACUCGAAUUGGGAGGAGGGCAUAAUGCUUACAAUUCCACUGGACAUUUAGCCGAUGACUAUGUGCAAAGCCCCAAAAGGAGAGGAAAUGUCCCUAAUUAUGAUAAUAAUAGAAGGAGAAAUACCUCCCCUCCCUCAAAUUUACCCCUAGUAAUCCCUCCACUAGCUCUACACAAUACAAAUGUUACAAACACAACAACAAACAAAAGAAACACAAAUACACAACAACAAGCUGUAAAACUACCAAAAAUUGGGGGAACAUUGUUCGAUUCGUUGAGAGAGCAACAUUUGGCGAGUGCUGAAAGGCAACAGCGAUUAAGGCAAAAAAAUAAACUUGUUUGUAAAAACACAGAAAAAUACAACUUGUUUAGGAAAAAUACAAGGAAAAUAAACUUGUUUUACAAAAUUACAAUUUGUAAAAAUACAAAAAUAUACGUGUUUCUGAAAAUACAAAAAACACAGGAGAGAUUGUUGCGCGCGAAUACAGAAGCAUUCGAACUUGAGACACAAAAACAGACACGUAUCUCAAUUCUCGAAGCUUAUGAAGGCCAAAAGGAUGAAAACGAGAAGGAAGAUAAUCAAAUAAUUAAUUCUGGCGAACGUCUACAAAAGGCUGUGGAAAAAAUGCGUACAGAAUUGGGGGAAAUUGAGCGUCGACAUUCUGUGUUAAUGGAAAAUAGGCAUAAGUUGGAAGCAGCUUUGCGUAAAGGAGAACAGAACAUGCGUUCCAUUGAAACAAGAAUGAGAGCUCAGGCUAAAGAGCCACAACAAAUACAAGUAAUUGAAUUGCUUAGUGUUUUGGCUAAACAACAGGCAGAAAGAGCAGCAAUUCACUCCGAUUUUGCUAUUCAAAGUCGUCGACUACGACGACAGGAAAGUGCAUUUAAGCAGCUUAGGCGUUAUGAACGUGUUGCAGAUUUAUUAAUAGGUGUUGGAGGAGAGAAGGUUGAUGGAGGUAGUAAAUUGGAGAACGAUUUUUAA